AUGUGGGAGCUGCGCUCCAUAGCCUUCACCCGAGCUGUCCUGGCUGAGUUCUUGGCUACUUUGCUCUUCAUCCUCUUCGGCCUGGGCUCUGCCCUCAGCUGGCCCUCAGCUCCCUCCCCCAGCCCCCUGCAGAUCGCUUUGGCUUUCGGCUUGGCCAUCGGCACCCUGGUGCAAGCCCUGGGGCACGUCAGCGGUGCCCACAUCAACCCAGCAGUCACCCUGGCAUGCCUGCUGGGCUCCCAGCUCUCCUUCCUCAGGGCACUCUUCUACGUGGUGGCUCAGCUGCUGGGGGGGGUGGUGGGCGCUGCCAUCCUGCACCAGCUCACCCCCCCGGACUGCCGCCGAGGCUUGGCCACCAACAAGCUGUACAAUGAGACCACCACGGGACAGGCAGUGACUGUGGAGCUCUUCCUCACCUUCCAGCUCGUCCUCUGCAUCUUUGCUUCCACCGAUGAGCGCCGGGAGGACAACCUGGGCUCCCCUGCCCUCUCCAUUGGCUUCUCUGUGGCUGUGGGACAUCUUCUGGGGAUCCGUUACACAGGCUGCUCCAUGAACCCAGCCAGGUCCUUUGCCCCUGCUGUCAUCGAGGGAGACUUCACUGACCACUGGGUCUUCUGGGUGGGUCCCUUGGUCGGGGCAGCAGCAGCCUCCAUCCUCUACAACUACCUCCUCUUCCCCCAAGCCAAGAGCUUCUCGGAGAGGUUGGCCAUCCUCAAGGGCUUGGAGCCCGAGGAGGACUGGGCAGAGCGGGAGGCCAGGCGGCGCCAGUCGGUGGAGCUCCACUCCCCCCAGAGCCUGCCCAGGGGCAUGGCUGAGAAGGUGUAG